AUGGCAGACGGCUGGAAUGCGGAGAAGAUAUUUAACUCGACCAUCUACGGUUUUACUUAUGAUGAUCUGAUCCUUAUGCCGGGACACAUCAGCUUCGGUGUGGAAUCCGUUGAUCUGACAAGCCGAUUAACCAGAGGAAUCAGCCUUCGCCUCCCCUUGGUUUCUUCUCCCAUGGACACAGUCACAGAGCACAAGAUGGCCAUUGGCGUCGCUCUUAUGGGUGGCAUUGGCAUUAUUCACAAUAACAUGGGGAUUGCACAGCAAGUGGAGCAAGUGAGGAAGACCAAACGGUUUGAAAACGGCUUCAUCACGGAGCCGUUUGUUCUGAAGCCAACAGACACUGUCAGCGAUGUGGAUUGCAUCAAGAAGAAAUACGGUUACAGCUCCGUGCCAAUUACCUCCACCGGGACUCUGGGAGGGAAGCUCUUGGGAAUAGUAACAUCAAGGGACCUGGAUUUUAUAACGGACCGGCAUACACAGUUAGAGGAAGUAAUGACUACCGACCUUAUCGUAGGUCACGAGCCUCUAGAUCUGGCCCAGGCGAACGAAAUAAUGCGCAAAUCGAAGAAGGGUAAAUUACCGAUUGUGAACGACCACUUCGAGCUCGUUGCUCUAGUGUCACGUCACGACUUGAAGAAGAACAGGGAUUAUCCCCUGGCAUCAAAAGACGCGAAUAAGCAAUUGCUGGUUGGCGCGGCGCUCUCUACUAGACCAGGAGAACUUGAAAGGGCAAAGGCAUUAUUGCAGGUUGGUGCAGAUGUUUUGGUCAUCGACAGCAGUCAGGGUGACUCCAUCUUCCAAACGGACCUCAUAAAGCAGCUCAAGUCCGCAUGCCCAGAGACACAGGUUAUUGGGGGAAAUGUCGUUACAGCGCGACAAGCCAAAGCCCUGAUUGACGCUGGGGUUGACGCUUUGCGUAUCGGCAUGGGAAGCGGAUCCAUUUGCACUACUCAAGUCGUUUGUGCAGUGGGGCGGGCCCAGGCAACAGCUGUGUAUCAUGUGAGCAAGUACGCGAAGGAAGUUGCGGACAUUCCUUGCAUUGCUGACGGCGGUAUCCAGAAUUCAGGGCAUGUCGUGAAGGCACUAGCCAUGGGUGCCAGCACAGUGAUGGCUGGCUCUCUCUUAGCGGCUACCGAGGAGGCCCCAGGAGCAUAUUACUUUCAUAAUGGAUCACGCGUCAAGAGCUACCGGGGCAUGGGUAGUCUGGAGGCGAUGCGUGCAGCGUCGGCCGUAGGGCAGCAGGCUAUAGUCGACGGCACAACCUCAGCCAGCCAGCAUGACAGCGGUUCUGCAGCUCGUUACUUCGCGGAAGGCCAGAAGGUUUGUGUCGCUCAGGGAGUAACAGGCUGCUUGGUGGAUAAGGGGUCCAUACGCAACCUUAUCCCUUAUGUCAUGCAAGGAGUAAAGCAUGGCCUCCAGGAUGCAGGCGUGCAAAACAUUCGGGAGCUUCAUAAACAAUUAUACUCUGGGCAGAUCCGCUUCGAUGUCCGGUGA